AGUAGCGCCAGAGUUGUUGUGACAGGAGUACGUGUGCGUCGCCAAUAAAACCACAGAAUGAGGACAUAUAAAAGAAAAACGGAGCGUGGCAAAAUAUCAAAAGAUGUUUACGAACAAGCCGCGGUUAUAUUGGAGGAAGAUGAGUCAAAAAAAAUUCGUGGCAUCGCAAAAGAUUUCGGAUUAUGUCAUAUGUCGCUAACGAGAUAUAUGAGGAAAAGUAAAGAUGCAAAACAGAAGGGUAUACCUAUAGAAUCACUCACAAUAGGAUACAAGAAGAAUCGUCAAGUAUUCAGUGGUGAACAGGAAGCAAUUUUAGUGAGUUAUUUGAUUAAAUGUAGCCAAAUUUAUUACGGCUUAACUCCAAAAGACGUCAGACAACUUGCAUUUGAUUGCGCACUAAAGCACAAUAUUGCGAUACCAAAAUCGUGGCUUGACAAUAAAGAGGCAGGUGUAGAUUGGCUGACAGCGUUUUUAAAACGCAACCCGUCUUUAUCUAUACGGUCGCCAGAAGCUACAAGCUUGAGCAGAGCCACAUCAUUCAAUAAAACGAAUGUUGACAAUUUCUUUUCUAAGUUGACUGACGUGUUAGACAGAUAUAGAUUUUCUGCAUCACGUAUAUGGAAUGUGGACGAGACAGGUGUCACCACGGUGCUGAAACCCAGAAAAAUUUUAGCUGCAAAGGGUUCUAAACAAGUUGGUUCAAUUACAUCAGCCGAGAGAGGGACUCUUGUGACUCUCUGCGUCGCAGUAAAUGCAGUGGGAAAUUCGGUGCCUUGUAUGUUCAUCUUUCCACGAAUUAAAUAUAGAGAAUAUUUUGUUCGCGAUGGACCACCUGGUUCAAUUGGUGCAGGCAACUCAAGUGGCUGGAUGACAGGGCGAGAAUUUAAAAUUUUUAUGAAACAUUUUAUAGAUAAUGUGAAACCAUCUCCAUCCGAUCCUGUGCUCUUAUUAUUAGACAAUCAUACUUCGCAUUUGGAUAUUGAAGUCAUUGAAACAGCCAAAGACAAUAAUGUAGUGUUACUCUCCUUUCCACCACACUGCUCACAUAAGCUCCAGCCCUUGGAUGUGGGGGUUUAUGGUCCAUUAAAAAAUUACUGUGCCAGUCAGCAAGAUUCUUGGCUUAGAAACAAUCCAGGGAAAACAAUGUCUAUUCAUGACAUUCCAUCUAUAGUGAAUAAAGCUUUACCCUUAGCAUUGAAUCCAGCUAACAUUAUCAAUGGAUUUAAAAAUACUGGCAUCGCACCAUUUAAUAAAGAUAUAUUCCAGGAAGAUGACUUCUUAUCGGCUUUUGUAACUGAUAGACCAAUAGACGACGAAGUGCCUAAUGCAAACAUUGAAAGUUGCCCUGUUACAACGCAGAAUAAAGAGACAGAAACUCCAGUUUCACCUUCUUGCCAUCGCCCCAUAAUAAGCCCUAUAACAGAAGCCAAUAGGUCAAUUUAUACCAGCCCAGUUGCGGGAUGUUCUAAAGACAUUGAAAAUACUUUUUCUCCUGCAAAUAUUCGACCUUAUCCAAAAGCAGCUGCCAGAAAAAGCAAAUUAACUCGGAAAACUCGCAAAUCCGCUAUUUUAACUGAUACACCGGAAAAAAAUGCUUUGGCUUUGGAACAAGAGAAAAGGAACGAUAUUAAAUCUAAAAAGGGAAAGUUAACUAAAAGAUUAAAGUCAAAAUCAAGUUCCGAGAAGACAGAUAAACAAAAUGUGAAGAAAAUAAGAAAAACAAUUAAGCAAAUAAAACAGUUAGUAGUUAAGAAGAAGAUAUUACAUGAAACUGAUGAAGAAAUCGUAGAAGAUGAAUAUUUUUGUCUGAUAUGUUGUGACCCAUUUGAUCCCAAGAAAGCUGGUGAGGAAUGGAUAGAGUGUAUUGUUUGCAAAAAUUGGUCACAUGUGAAAUGUAUCCGAGGAAAUAUUAUACAAUACGUUUGUUUAAAUUGCGAAAGUGACCAUUCAGAUUACAGUGACUAAGCUGUUUUUUUCCUCCCAGUUAUGAUAUUUUGUUUUUAUAUUCUGGCAUCAUUUACUUUUAGUUUUGAGACAUAAUGUGAAUUUUGUUGAUUACUCGUAAGUUUUUGUUCUAUAAAUAAGUUUAUUAUUCUAAUCUUAUUAGUGAGAAAGAAUCUAUAUUUUGUUUUAUAGUUUUAUAGUUAUAAAGAAAAGAUUUUAGUUAUGCUAAGAAUUUGUUUUAUUCUAAGUUUUAAUUUAUUAAGGCAAAAUACUGCAUCCUAGACAUUGUAAUACUAUAAUUAAUGAAGAAAACCAACUAUCUGUGAUGAUUGUUCCUAAUAAAAAGUGUUUAAUUA